UGUUAAUUUUUUUCCACAAGCACCGCGAGCGCAACAAACAACAGUCACCAACCUGUGGACGGUGGCGCGUGCUGCGUAUUAGAAACAGUCUCGCGCUGGGGUCAGUCUGCGCGAGCCCGUCUCGAAGAGCGACGUGUUUGUCCGUUUCCCUCAUGACAAAACAAGUGCUGGACACGCGGUGUUUGUAAAGAGUACGCGCUCGGCUCUGGCUGUAUGAAUGGCACCGCAAUGGAGGAAGUUCCGCUUCCCAGAGUCCGCACACGGCGGAGGAAAAGUCGCUGCCUGGCCGGCACGUGCGAGGACGAGUUUGACUGCAAGGAGCUCGAGACGCUCUUCCAGAAAUACAAUCUGAAGCUCGAGCAGACCGCCACGCUCAAAGCGCUGGCAAUCCUUAUCCUCGUCGCGUCUGCGCUGGCGCUCGUGGAGCUGCUGUCCGCCGGUUCGCGCUUCACCGUGUCCAAGGGCUCGCACCCGGUCCACUGCGUCAUCUUCACCUCGCUCUUCAUCGUCACCAACGUCAAAUAUCUCCAGGUCACGCAGCUGCAGCAGAUCGCGCGCCUCGCGCUUCUUUUCAGCUUCACCUUCGCGCUCCUCUGUUGCCCGUUUCCCCUCGCGCUGGGGCACGGCGCACCGCAAGGGACGCAGGGCGCGCAGGGGCCUGACACGACGGGCACAGCACCUGAGAAAGGUGUUUGGCAGCUGAUGCUCGUUACUUUCGUUGCCUACUCUCUCCUACCGGUAAGGACGAUUCUGGCUAUUUUGUUCGGCAUCCUGGUUGCUGCGUCCCACUUCAUCGUGACAGCAACAUCGGUAACGGCCUGCAAACCUCGCGCCUGGACACCGCUGGUAGCAAAUGCAGUGUUGCUGGUUGGUGUGAAUCUGUCGGGUGUGUUUGUGCGAGUCCUUACUGAGCGUGCCCAGAGGAAGGCCUUUCUACAGGCUAGAAACUGCAUUCAACAGCGCCUGCAACUAGAGGAUGAGAACGAAAAACAGGAACGCCUCCUAAUGAGCCUGCUGCCCAGAAAUGUUGCCAUGGAGAUGAAGGAGGACUUCUUGAAGCCACCAGAAAGAAUCUUCCACAAGAUAUACAUCCAACGGCAUGACAAUGUCAGCAUCCUGUUUGCAGACAUUGUCGGGUUUACCAGUCUAGCCUCACAGUGCACAGCCCAGGAGCUGGUCAAACUGCUGAAUGAGCUCUUUGGGAAAUUUGAUGAGCUUGCUACAGAAAACCAUUGCAGGAGGAUUAAGAUCUUGGGAGACUGUUAUUACUGUGUGUCAGGCCUGACACAGCCCAAAGCAGACCACGCUCACUGCUGUGUGGAAAUGGGUCUGGACAUGAUCGACACCAUCACGUCUGUUGUGGAAGCAACCGAGGUGGACCUGAACAUGCGUGUGGGUUUACACACGGGCCGUGUGCUAUGCGGUGUUCUGGGGCUGCGCAAAUGGCAGUAUGAUGUUUGGUCUAAUGAUGUCACACUGGCCAACAUGAUGGAGGCGGGAGGACUGCCUGGGAAGGUUCAUAUCACCAGGGCAACACUAGAAUGUCUGAAUGGAGAUUAUGAGGUGGAGCCGGGCUUCGGCCAUGAGAGACACGCUUUCCUCAGCAAACAUGCCAUUGAGACCUUCUUCAUUGUGCCCUCACACAGACGCAAGAUUUUUCCAGGGCUGAUCCUAUCAGACAUAAAGCCAGCGAAGAGGAUGAAGUUUAAGACAGUGUGUUAUCUGCUGGUGCAGCUCAUGCAUUGCAGAAAGAUGUUCAAGGCUGAGAUCCCUUUCUCCAAUGUCAUGACCUGUGAGGAUGAUGACAAGAGACGAGCGCUGCGAACAACUUCUGAGAAGAUGCGCAGUCGGACUUCAUUUUCGGCGGGCAUGGUGCAGAACUCCCCCGGGACCAGAGUGAACCGUUACAUAGGCCGUCUGAUAGAAGCACGACAGACGGAGUCUGAGACAGCAGACUUCAACUUCAUUACUCUCACAUACAGGAACAGAGAGCGAGAGCAGAGAUAUCAACAAGUGUAUGAUGAUGCCUUUAUCGGCGCUGUGGUCAUGUCUCUAGUCCUCACUUCAUUUUUUGCAGUCGUCUAUUUUCUCAUCAUUCCUCAAGGUCUACUGGUUGUGAUUCUGCUGGUUCUUUGUUUGUGUUUCCACAUGACAAGUGUGAUGUACCUUCACAUCACUCACGUGCAGUGCUCUCCUGACUGCCUGACCCUGCAGAUCAGAACGGUUCUGUGUGGCUUUCUGGUCCUGCUCAUGUACUCCGUGACCCAGGGGUGUGUGGUGGGAUGUGUACCGUGGUCAUUGGAGCAGAACUCCAAUGUCUCCAUGGUGACGGUUGUCACAGUGAAUAGGACUGGUGUGGGCUCCGGGGUGUGCAAAUACACUCCAUAUGUAUUUUUAUCAUGUGUGAUGGCAUCACUAUCUGUGGCGUUGUACCUACGUGUGUCGUCACUCCCCAAGAUCCUCCUGGUUCUACUUCUCAACAUCCUACACACUGUCGUUAUGGAGACCAGUGGCUAUCGGGAGGCCAUGGGUGGUGGAUUCUUUCACACACAUGGCUAUGACCCGGUUCUGGCAAUGCUGUUGUUUUCUGGAGCUCUGGUGCUCCACUGCAGACAAUUGGAUCUCAAACUCAGACUGGACUACCUCUGGGCCACUCAGGCAGAAGAGGAGAGAGAUGACAUGGAGAGAGUGAAGCUGGACAAUAAGAGGAUUCUGUUCAAUCUGCUGCCUGCGCAUGUUGCACAGCACUUCCUGCUGUCCAACCCACGAAACAUGGAUCUGUAUUAUCAGUCUUACUCUCAGGUGGGCGUCCUGUUUGCCUCCAUUCCCAACUUUAAUGACUUCUACAUUGAACUGGAUGGAAACAACAUGGGUGUGGAAUGCCUUAGGCUGCUCAACGAGAUCAUUGCCGACUUUGAUGCGCUGAUGGAUAAGGAAUGCUACAGAGAUAUUGAAAAGAUUAAAACUAUCGGCAGCACCUAUAUGGCUGCAGUCGGACUCGUCCCCACAACAGGAUCCAAGGUUAAGAAGUCCAUCUCUGCACACCUGUGCACAAUAGCUGAUUUCGCCUUUGAGAUGUUUGACGUCCUGGACGCGAUCAACUACCAGUCCUACAAUGACUUUGUGCUUAGAGUUGGUAUUAAUGUGGGUCCAGUGGUUGCCGGGGUGAUCGGGGCUCGCAGGCCUCAGUACGACAUCUGGGGAAACACAGUCAACGUUGCAAGCAGAAUGGACAGCACUGGAGUUCAGGGCAAGAUACAGGUAACAGAGGAUGUCUUCCGACUACUCCAUGAUUAUUAUCACUUCCAGUGCCGUGGACAGGUCAGCGUAAAGGGCAAAGGUCAAAUGCUCACCUAUUUUCUGGAGGGCCGAACCCCCCAAGGCACACUACAUACUCAGUCCAAGAGCCUGGAGCGUGGGUCAAACCCUUGCAUCCAGACAAAGUUGGGCUCUGCGCCCACUGUCAGCAGUUAUGGGGUCAAAAGUCACACUCUGGGAUGCGUUGCCACAAUUCCAAACAACAGCAUUCUUUACUUACCCUCAGUAUCUGUCAACAUGGAGAUGGAGGUGUGAACGCCACUGAGACAGGUUCUGCGGAGAUUAAUAAAGUUGAGUAAAAAUAAAUAGGAAGUAGGAUUGUAGAUCUGUGAUGAAUAAAAAGGAGAAAGGAGACAGUGAGGUCUCUGUCUUUGCACUGAUGAAGAGAUGAGAGAGACAUUUAAAUGUACCAAACAGAGAAAAGCCCUCCCCUUCCACGCAAGUACAUAAGCAAGUAUGUAAUUAUGUGUGCGCGUGUAUGUGUUUGUGUGUUAUAAUGAGUCUUCCCCAGACCAAUAGGACUUCAGGGUCUACUACAUGGGAGCAUGCGAUCUACUGCAAGACAGCUUCACACCAGCCGAGGAGACACAUGCCGUGUGUGUGUGUGUGUGUGUGUGUGUGUGUGUGUGUGUGUGUGUGUGUGUGUGUGUGUGUGUUAUCUUGCAUCUAAAAAUGUCAAGAGAUGCCAAGGCAAUGAACAUGUGAGCAAUGAGGACCAAACAUUUAGAUUUUAAACAGCGCUGUAUUUUGUACUAUGAAUGAGUCAGGGCAGAUGUUUAUGAGACGAUGAAACGUAAGCAGGGAGAAACUUGACACUUGGGUUUUUAUUUAAAAAAACAAAAAAAACAAGGUUCCUCAUAUUGAGAUUUGUUUUCAAUACAUUGUUUACAAAAACUCGGCAAGGGUUUUCUGAGCUGAUACAAAUGGAAUUUCCAGUUUUCAAAGGCAUUAGUUUGCAGUUAAUACCGUCUUAAAAGAGAAAUUACCAAAACUACUAAACAAUUACUCCACAGUGAAUCAGAGACCAUCAUUAAACAUUACUCCAUCAGUGAAUCAUUUACAGAAAGUCUGUAGAGUCUAUGACGUGGGUAAAUGUUUAUCUUUUCAUGGGAUGUAUCAGCAAAGUUUUCCUUCAUGUGAUGUGUGUACGCACUGGUGCUUGGAGAAAACAUCUGCAUUCACUUGUCACUGCCCUUUGACCUCUGGAAUUUUUCUCUCCAGUAAUUACAAGAAGAAAAAAAAAGAAUCCUGUAUUAUACUGUCAAAUGUUGAUUUACUGAAAUAAACACUACACUGCACGAGAACUGUAACACAAGCCAGCACAAUCAAGGCUGUGUGAAAGUGCAGUAUUUUAUUAUUAUUUUUGAAAACAUUGGCUCCCAGUUUGUAAAAAUGCAGAGAGAAUAGCUGGACAUUUGUUCCCUAUUCCAAAUAUUUUGUCAGUGGUUUUUCUGAGUUUGUAAGUGGCGCUUCGCUUUACGAUUCUCCUAUCAACGGUAGCAUCUCUCACUGUGUUUGCAGAACGAUCUUUAACACACGACUGAAUAUGCAUGAUAUUUUAGUGCUGGAUGUGUCAUGUGCUCUGUAGGUUUUAGGUUCUGCCGUCUGAACAUCUGGAUUUUAGUGCAUCAAUUUCAGAGCAUGCAAACGUCUCAAAUCCACACUCGAGUUUGAACACUCAAUAGCCUCGUUUUAGAUUUCAUACGAAUAAAAGACUCAGAGUUCAGGCCAGUUGGCCAGGUUUAUUUACUUUAUGUGCUAUUACUGUAUCUUUGAUAGGUUUUCCAUGAUGCCUAGGGAAUGAAGUUUGGCUUCAAGCAUGUCCAUUCUCAGCAUGCCGUAAUUCUGUCAUGUCUGCUAUUUGAUAAUUAAGUUGUGUCUCUAAUGCAUGCCUACUGCAAAAAAAAAAAACAAGGGUGAAAAGUGUCAAAUAAAUGUUGCGAAACAUGCUUUAGUAGCACUGCAUGAGCCCACAAUAAUGGCCUUGAUGCCCUGAUGAAUUGAAACAUAUUUCGUUGAACCAUAAUCUUUUACUGAUGGCUUAUCUGCUUACCUUUGCCAUGCGUGGUGCUGCUGUAAGACAUUGGGGAACGCUUACUGGGAGUUUUGUAGCAUUGGCACCUAUGUCAAGCUCUUGAAGUGACUGCCUUUUUAUCCAGGGUCUGUUAGAGAAGUUUAAUUUAUUUUAAUAUGUGCCAACACAUACUAUAGUUACCAACAUAUCAGACUGUGUUCUUUUAUAGCACAAUUAUGUGACUUGGUUUUCUUUCUAACUUAACUCUCAUAGACUGACCAAACCACUUGGGGCCCACAACUCACAAAUGGGUAUUCCUUUAGAUUUAAACGUUUUGUCUAUUUUUAAAUUAUGUCAGACAGCAUAUCAAGGAUUGCUCUGUUUCUGAUUAUACUUUACCUGCAUUUAGGUUAAGUUGCCACAUAAACAAAAUGUAAGAUUUCACCUAUUAAUGUAAACCGAAAAACUGCCCAUUCAGGUUUACUUUUUUUUUUAAUUUAAUGAAUAUGAAUGCCAAAUGCCAAAAUGCUUAUUGUAUCACUGAAUAUUUCAGAUUCUAUGAUCCAACAUAUGUAGACAGACAGCUAAGUGGUUCUAUACGAUAUGGCUUAAUAUGAAUUAUUUUCAGAUUACAGUGGCCUAAAUUACUGCUGUUAUUAACAUUAUGUAUUAACUUUAAUAAAGCAUAAAGUGUGCACAGUAAAAUCAUAGACUAGAUUUUCAUGUCAAUUCGAUAUUUUCAUAUUUGAUACGGGUCCAAAUUAUUGUACGUAUUAAAUAUAUUGUAGAGUAAACUAAAAGAGUAUUUUAUUGAUGAUUUGUAAUAUUUGUGCUAUUUUUGGGGUUGCAAUGUAUUUAUUGCGAUUGGUUCUAUGUGAAUGUAAAUUUCAUAUUGAGAUCUUUUAUACUUGUGUUUGCACUGUUAAGGAAUAAAUUAAUGA